GAGGAGAUGGAAGAGGCACGUGGAGUGGAAAAGGUCGGGGUGUGUGGCCGCUUCUAAAAGCCCAAGGAAGGGCAAGCAGCUUCAGUCAGAGGUUUUGGAGAAGCUGAGGAGGGAGAAGACAAUUAAGACAUUCACCAUCUAGUUUGCUCCCCUCCGUGUCGCUGUGACCCGGAAAGAAAAGCGCCGAGCCACCCGGCCCCCCGCGGCAAAGCCCGGUUUGUACGGGAGCCGAGAGGGCGGCCCGCGCUCACACUUCCAUUCACGGCCAGAGGCAGCUGUGACUUGGACGCUGGCACGGGCUUCGCCUGCAACCGCAGCUCCCCCCCCUACUUUCCAUCCAUCCUCCCCACCGAGACGCUCUUUCCAGCGCCCGACACCCCUCGGGGCAGUUGCUUAGUGAUCACUCAGUUAAACAGAAAUGUGAACAGAAAUAAGCUGUGGAGUCUUCUUUGAGAGUGAACUUACUAGAAGACAGCAAGGACCACAUAAUAUUUUGAAAAUGGAAAACAAAGCACCUGUGGAUUCUCAUAAAGUUACCAAAGAAUCUAUCCUAACAGAAGAGCUGAUUACAGAAGGAAAAUGGGUCAAGCUUGAACAAACAACCUAUGUGGAUCCCACUGGUAAAACAAGAACUUGGGAAACUGUGAAACGUACUACUAGGAAAGAAGGACUUUCUGCUGAUGGUGUGGCAAUUAUCCCAGUGUUACAAAGAACUCUUCAUUAUGAAUGCAUUGUCCUGGUGAAGCAGUUCAGACCCCCCAUGGGAGGCUACUGUUUAGAGUUCCCUGCAGGUCUCAUAGAUGACAAUGAAAGCCCAGAGACAGCCGCUCUUCGUGAACUUGAGGAAGAAACUGGUUACAAAGGUGAUGUUGCUGAAUGUUCCCCAGCUGUAUGCAUGGACCCAGGUUUGUCAAAUUGUACCACACAUAUAGUGACUGUGAUGAUUAAUGGAGAUGAUGCUGAAAACGUGAGACCUAAACCAAAGCUUGGAGAUGGAGAAUUUGUGGAAGUAGUUUCUUUACCAAAGAAUGAUCUACUGAAGAGAAUUGAUGACCUGGUAGCUGAUGAACAUCUCAAGGUGGAUGCCAGAGUCUAUUCUUAUGCUUUGGCACUGAAACAUGCCAAUGCAAAACCCUUUGAAGUGCCAUUCCUGAAAUUCUGAAACUGACCAAGACUCACCUCUUUGUUUUUAUAAACGAGGCCAAUCUUUCACAGUUUGGACUUUGUAUUCACAUAGUUAAUGUAGGUUUUGAAUUAGCUUUUUCAUAAAAUAAAGGCAAUAUAGAAUGCA